AUGUUUCCCUCUUUCGGACUUUUUGCCGACAUAAACUGUCCCUUGGCAGAGCGUGGACAGUGUGAGCGACCUCAGUGUUUGUUCAAGCAUGCCGCAAAAGCGCGGCAUACGUUUGGUGCCUCGUCGACGUUGGUUUUCGCAGGGGUCCAGAAUGGCUGUUUAUUUCCUGCCUGUGGCGCUUCAGCGAAUGAUGAGACCGGAGACUGCCUUCAUGAGCUGGAGCGGAUCAACAAAGAAAUUGAGACCGUAAGACAUGAGGUAGAGCAGGAGCAACGGCGACUGUCACACUACCAGACUGUACAGGCAGACGGCAGAAACAAUGCACCCAUUUGCAGGUAUGAGACUGCUGGUAAAAAUGUAGACGGAGGUCCUAAUGGACUGCUUUCAUGCUCAGGCUUUACUAAAACACAUGCCAAAGCAAGGAAGUAUGUGGUUGAUAACGCAAAACCUAAAACCGAUUUGGAGUAUGACCCCCUGUCCAACUUCUCUGCUGACUUGCGGACUUACAGCUCUUCAGGCAAGGAUCAGAAAAGCCAGCAAGGUUUGAAAAAAGCAAGAAUUUCUGUAUCUUGUGACCAAAAAGAGCCAGCCAAAUUUCAGGUUCUGCUCUCCAGAUCACAAUCACCAGAGCUAUAUGAUGACUCUAAUGAAGACAGCAUCCUAAUUAUUGAUGUUCCACUAUCGCCUGACGAAAAGAAAGGUCAGACUCGGAAACCUAUUGUUUCUGUAGCUGGCAGAUCCUCCCAGGAUGCAGUAGGGGAAGUGACAGAGGCUGAAACAGUACCUAUUUUAUCUGAUAGUUCUCUAAAGAUCACAUCUCCAUCUACUUCAGGAGUUGAUACAAAUAAAGUUCAGAAUUAUUGUGAUGUUAAGAACAGCCGAGAUCUACCAACUUUCUACUGA